UACGUAGCAGAGGUGUCAAGUAACGAAGUACAAAUACUUCGUUACCUUACUUAAGUAGAAAUUUUGAGUAUCUAUACUUUACUGGAGUAAUUAUUUUUUAGACGACUUUUUACUUCUACUCCUUACAUUUUCACGCAAAUAUCUAUACUUUCUACUCCUUACAUUUUAAAAAUAGCCUCGUUACUCCUAUUUCAUUUCGGCUUGUCAUCUUUCAAAAAUAACCUAUCAAGACAAAUCGCGCCAUCCGGAAACAGUGAAUUUGAUUGUGGUUGGAUGAGAAGUAUAAACAUAUACGAUUCCGACACGCUAUUGGUUUGUACGCGAUCCAUCGCACCUGCGUAUGACACAAAUCACGACACACUUCAGUUACUCCAACGCUGGACACAGCAGACGUAGCGAAGAUGUCCGUGGCAGAGGCUCAAAACUCAAGCGAAAUGUUUCAACAACCAAGCACCAGCACCAGCGAGGAAGUUGGUAGCCAGGAAGACCAACCAACCCUUAUACAUCCCUGGCCGUACCUGGAAGAAUUUUUUGAAAUGGUUGGAUCGAAAAAUAACUCAUUUCGCAUGCGUUGUAAGCUAUGCGCACCCAAAUACCAUGAGCUAAUGGCUUUCAAAAACUCACCAUCUAAUUUGAAAAAGCAUAUUGAGAAGAAACACCCCACUCGUCUAGAGAGGUACACGAAACUUACUUCAGCAGCCAUCAAAAGGAAGUCAUCCACUGAAGGUUCUUUGGCCCCACCCUCCAAACAAACCAAGCUGUGGGAAACUCAAAGAGUGUCCCAGGCAAGUGUAGAUAAAGUAGUCCUCCAAUUUAUUGUCCAAGGCUUGCACCCACCACACAUUGUUCAGCAACAGGGCUUCAUUAAUCUUGUGCAACAUCUUCAGCCAAAUACAAAUGUCAUGACACGCAAUACUGUUGUCAACAAAGUCACAAAGGCCUCUGUUGAAAUGAAAAGAAAACUGAAAGCUGCUCUAAGUGAAAUUGAGUUCAUAGCAACAACAACGGACUGCUGGACAGCACACCGUCGCGGUUUCAUUGGUGUCACUGCACACUGGUUUGACCCCCAGACCAUGCAGAGAUCCUGUGCUGCACUGGCAUGCAAGCAGCUAAAAGGGUCCCACACCUUUUCUGCCCUGGCUGGUGCCCUAAAUGAUAUUCACACAGAAUUCAAUAUCAGAGAGAAGAUUGUUCGCACUACUACUGACAACGGAUCAAACUUCCUGAAAGCCUUCAGAGUUUAUGGGCAGACUGAUGAGAACAACAAUGCUGAACCUGUAGGAGAGGGUGAUGGAGAAGAGGAUGAUGGUGGGCAAAAUGAUGAUCCCGAUGAAGAAGAGGAAAGCUUUGAGGGUGUGGAUUUUGUUGAUGCCGGAGCUCUGUUGGACGAAGAUGAUUACUUGGAAUACCAGCUACCCAAGCACCAUCGCUGCGCCUGCCACCUCCUUAAUUUAGUAUCCACAGUUGAUGCUUCAAAAGCAGAAGUCAAUCCAUUAUACAAGCGUGUGUCAAGGUCCACAUUUGCCAAAUGCUCUAGCCUGUGGAACAAAAGUUCAAGAUCAACCACCGCAUCUGAAGUAAUUGAAGACCACUGCAAACUCCAACUCGUAAGGCCUGUUGCUACAAGGUGGAAUUCACUAUUCUCAGCUGUAGAAAGAAUAGUGAGAAUAACAAGAGAACAAGGCGAAGGAGCCCUCACAGCUGUCUGCAGUGAACUAGAUACACCCAAAUUUACUCCAGUGGAACUUGCAUUUCUUGCAGAAUAUUCAAAGACAAUGAGCCCAGUUGCAAAGGCACUGGAUGUUCUUCAGGGAGAAACCAGUGUGCAGAUGGGUUGGUUGGUCCCCACCAUAACUCUACUAAGGACCAAGCUCCAGCACCUUCAGGUCACCUCCAAGUUAUGUGAACCUUUGAUUGCUGCACUUCUUUCAGGCCUUGAAAAACGAUUUGGCGAGAUGCUUGCUGAUCCAGAGCUGAUAGCCGCAGCCAUUCUAGUUCCCAAAUUUAAGACCUGCUGGACAAGUGACGAAAAUAUCCUCAAACUUGGCCUUGACUACAUCAAAAACCACUUGGACUGUCAGGCUGAGAAUAUCAUCAAUGAGGGCUCCCAAUCAUCUGAGGAAGAGGACUUCUUUUCCUCCUUGAAGAAGACCAGCCCGCUUGAAACAACACAGCAGUUGGAUGCAUACCUGGGGUGCCCAGGAGACACAGUAGAGGUACUGAAGUCCUUCCCAGCUGUGUGCCAGCUAUCACUUAAGCUUAAAGGCGGAGUCCACGAUGUUUGAAAAACGGUUUGGAGAAGGAGACGGGCCGACUACCAAAACACACUUAUAGCCAAUCAAAUCAAAUCAAAUGCCGGGUUGCGUAUGUGUGGGGCGGGUCUAUCAACAGAAGGUCCAGAUUCUAUUGGGGUAGGGGCGUGUUUGUUUAGGUGAUUUCAAAUAUCAACAUUGGCUUUCAAACAUCAUGGACUCCGCCUUUAAUACGGCACUCCCUGCAUCAGCAGCCUGUGAAAGACUGUUUAGUGUUGCAGGGCUGAUCUUCAGGCCAAGAAGAGCAUGCAUUGGUUCAAAGAACUUUGAGAACCAGCUGCUUUUGCGUCUGAACAAAGCCUAUUGGUAACUCUGUCACAUGUUCUGUGCUUAACUGAUGUUGAUUACCCUGUUGUUGUUUGAGUCCAAUGUGUUUGUUUCAAUAAAGGUUAUUGAUGACAUGCCUCUGAAGUUUGACUUUUUGCACCAUUUACAAUACUUCUAGUCAACUAGUCAUAUCUUCUGCUCCAUGAAACACAGCUCAGGGUCAGUAGGACGCAUAUAUGGUUCUUGUAAUGUGUAUUUGCAUUGUACUAAAAUGUGUUGUUUUUUAAUAGGCAUAUGCAGUAUGCGGCUGAAACGGGUAGCUUAGUACAUCCCACAUUUUUCAACUUUAUAAUUUUAAUAUAAUCAUUAUGGCCUUUUGACAUGUUUUUUUAAGGAGGUGGGGUAGUGCACAAUAGGCCACUGUGGCACAGCCUAAGCGUUUGUCAUUAAUGGCAUUUUUUCCUUAUUACUUUUACUUUUAUACUUUAAGUAGUUUUGAAACCAGUACUUUUACACUUCUACUUAAGUAAAAAGCUUGAGUUGAUACUUCAACUUUUACAGAAGUCUUUUUAAACUCUAGUAUCUAUACUUCUACCCAAGUAAUGAAUGUGAAUACUUUUGACACCACUGUUACGU